CUGUGAUUCGCUCAUUGGUCGCUGAACUGUCAGCAGCUCGAGCAACGAGAUGAGCCACUCACCCGGAGGACUGCUGCUCACUCACGGCUCUUGUGAUGUUCCCUCAUCUCAACUUAUGUUUUGCUAUUCUGUCAACACCGUGGCCGACGAGACAGUUUGACUGAGUUUACUUUUACGCGCUUGUGAGAAAAGCAGGAGAACUUUACGGACUGCAAAGUUUUUAUUUCCAUGGUAAACGAACAUUUACAGAAGAAAAAGCUGCUGCGAUGGACGCCCCAAAAUUGGUUUUAUUGGUUUCAACAUUGAGCUCCUUGUUUUCUCCGGUUGGUGCUGUUCAGAUGUGUGACGUGGUAAAUGAGAUUGAGCUGGCAAGAGCGAGGUGCGAGAAUAAAACAGCAGGAAACGUCACAUCAGGCUGCAAAGGGAUGUGGGAUAUUAUUGCUUGCUGGCCAUCAGCCAGAGUUGGGGAACAUGUGGUUAUUCCCUGUCCAAAUUACUUCAGACACUUCUCUGAUCAACAUGAGGGUAACCUCUCAAAGACCUGCACUGCUGAUGGCUGGACCGAGAUGGACCCGAUGGAAAUCGCAGUACAUUGUGGCUAUAAUCUGAAUGGCACUGUAGACGACGAUAGUUUCUUUAGGUCGGUGAAGAUCGGCUACACCAUCGGGCACAGUGUUUCUCUCAUGUCGCUCAUCACUGCCAUUGUAAUACUUUGUAUAUUCAGGAAACUCCACUGCACGCGGAACUACAUCCACAUGCACCUGUUUGUGUCCUUCAUUCUGAAAGCCAUCGCCGUCUUUGUCAAAGAUGCGGUGCUCUACGAUGUUAUUCAAGAGUCUGACAACUGCUCCACUGGUUCUGUUGGCUGCAAAGCUGUGAUUGUCUUUUUCCAGUAUUGCAUUAUGGCAAGCUUCUUCUGGCUGUUAGUCGAAGGUCUGUAUCUUCAUGCUCUGUUGGCCGUCUCCUUCUUCUCAGAGAGGAAGUACUUCUGGUGGUACAUUCUGAUUGGUUGGGGAGGUCCAACGAUUUUCAUCAUGGCUUGGAGCUUUGCCAAAGCUUACUUCAAUGAUGUCGGAUGCUGGGAUAUAAUUGAAAAUUCCGACCCAUUCUGGUGGAUUAUCAAAACCCCAAUAUUAGCUUCAAUUCUGAUGAACUUUAUCCUCUUCAUUUGUAUCAUUCGGAUACUGCGGCAGAAGAUCAACUGUCCUGACAUUGGGAGAAAUGAAUCAAACCAGUAUUCGAGGCUGGCAAAAUCCACACUUUUGUUGAUUCCACUCUUUGGGAUAAACUUCAUCAUAUUCGCUUUCAUUCCGGAGAACAUAAAAACUGAGCUAAGGCUCGUGUUUGACCUCAUUCUUGGGUCAUUUCAGGGCUUUGUGGUUGCUGUACUCUACUGUUUCCUGAAUGGAGAGGUCCAAGCUGAGAUCAAGAGGAAAUGGAGGCGAUGGCACCUCGAAAGGUUUCUGGGUCCUGACACCAAAUACCAGCACCCAUCCAUGGGCAGCAACGGAAACAACACACAGAUCUCCAUGCUGACUCGCUGCAGCCCCAAGACUCGCCGCACAUCCGCAUGUCAAGACGAGACGUCCAUCACAGUCUAACUUAGCAUCUACAAUGAUGUGGAAUUGUCACCAGAAUGAGACCGUGAGAGUACAUGAAGAUGUUCAGGAAGUGUUCUAGUGAAAUUCAGUUCUGAACUUCGGACUGUAUUAUACAUUUUUGGAGAGAUGAGCUACUACACCCUACAUUUGCUGAAAAAAAAGCGCAAUUUGUUGACAUAGUAGUCGUCAAUGAGGUUCUUAUAUGAAAACACAAUAUCGGACAGGCACAGAUCAUCUUCUGCAACACAUAAAACCUGUAAAUAAAGGCACAGUGAUCUUCUGGAGAGCAACGAGAUCGUAGUUUUGCCGUCAUUUUGUGCCAACUCGGCUCUGCAGGGACACAGAAGCAACAGCAUCAUCAAGAAUGACUGAUGAUACGCUGCAGGAAAAAGAGGUUAGGGAUUCUUUGCCUGGACUGCUCAUAUAUUUUGCUUAUGAGGCAAGUUAAAAAAAAAAAAAAAAAGAAGCAAAAAGGCUACCAAAAGCGGAUUGUUGAAUAUCCAAUAUGGAGAUACACUGUAGAGACCAAAUGUGAUGUUUCUUCGAAACAUGUUGUUCAUUUUUUUUAUGAUGUUUUCAGAUGUGUGUGUGUGUGUGUGUGUGUGUGUGUGUGUGUGUGUGUGUUUAGGCACAUUUGGAAGCCGAAUGCCCUUCUCUGCACUAUCAUUCCAGAUCAGUCAUCCCAGCGGUGUGUUAACAUUCAGUUUGCAUGCUUGUUUGAGUGUCAUUGUGCCACGUAUCGCCGUGACUUGAUGGUUUUAUGGUCUAAUGUCAAAUCCUUUUGUGCAAAGAACAAAAAUCAAGUAUCAAUUGUGAGAUCAACGAUGACAAGGACGGCGCUGUUGGAGCUUGAUAUAACUGUCAUACACGUCAACCAAUUUAUACUUAAUGAUGGAAGGGGAACUUAUGUGCAAGUCUUUGCAGUAAUGCUAAUGCUGUAAACUUACCAUUUCUUUUGUACUGUGACAACAUUUUUUUUACAUCCUUUGGUUUCAGUGGUAACUUGCAGUGUUUGUUCAACUAGAAGGAUUUUUGUGUUUAUGUACAAGCUAAAGAGAAAUGAAAAAGCAGGCCGCCCUGUCAUACCAAUGUUCUUGUCUCACAGUUUUACUCAUUGAGAUGGACUUGCAGCCCGAUCAAGGCCUGUGAAGUCAACUCAAACUGGGUCAACGCCACAUAAAGGUAGUUCAGUCUGGAUUGUGGUUUCUGUUUCCAGUGGAGUGUAAAAUAAUUAUGUACAGUCACAUCUGAUAGAAUAUAUAAAGGGAAUGUACAGCAAAUUCAUUUUAAUGCUACAGCUGGGAUGUCUUGCAAAGGUUAUAGUAAUAUUUAAUUAAAAAAAAAAAUUUAAAGCCUCAAAUCACUGCCCAAUAUUGUCCGAUGGCAUCCAGUUUUUUUUUUUAUCUUAAAUGCGUGAUUAGCCAGAUUACCUCUAAUCUACCAUGAUAAAGAAUGUAUAUUCUUAUAAAAAUGUUAAUUAAAAUGUUGUAAUUUUCAUUGUAUAAAAGAUCAAAAUCACUUUAAUUUAGCUAGCAGUGUACUUUGUGAACUUUAUAUAAAUGCAUAUAGGAAAAGGUGCCUAUUUUAAUGAGCUGCGCUGUAUAGCCUGUCUGGUUUUGAAACAACGUGCUGUUUGUUGUAUAUUAAUGUGGGUGAAACAUAAUAUAUAAGUGCACAGCAGAAGAACUGGAUGUUGUGUAUAUUAACUGUGUAUCUGUGCUGUGAAAGUGAGUAAUAUUUGUCCAUACCGCAUGCUACACAGGCAACGGUACAUUUCAAGUAAUAAAUUCACAAAAAGCAUGACCCAAAUUCUUUACAGUCAUGUGUACACGUGAAUAUUUUUGUAUCUACAUUUAAACAAGCUUGAUACAUGGUAUGUAUUUUUGUAACAUUUGAGACCAUUUUCCAUUGUUGUUUGAAUGUUCACGAUCAACAAUUUUAAAUAAACAAC